GUCGAACUCCACGUUUCUCUCUCUCUCUCUCUCUCUCUCUCUCUCUCUCUCUCUCUCAGUGUCUGUGCAGUUUCAGUGAGCUCAUCGGAGCUCAGAUAACUGGACGAGCAGCGGGGAACUGUAUCCGAUGGAGGAGGCAUUGGAGCUGGCGCGCUCCAAGGGCGCCAACGACAGGAUGGCCGGCGUGGAGCGCCUCCUCGAGCUCCUGGAGGCCUCGCGGAGGAGCCUCUCUGCCUCCGAGACGACGUCGCUCGUCGACUGCUGCCUGGACCUCCUCAGAGACGUCAACUUCAGGGUCUCCCAGGGCGCACUCCAGGCCCUGGCCUCCGCCGCCGUUCUCUCCGCCGAGCACCUUCAGCUCCACCUCAGCGCCCUCGUCCCGGCCGUCGUGGAGCGCCUCGGCGACUCCAAGCAGCCCGUCAGGGACGCCUCUAGGAGGCUCCUCCUCACUCUCAUGGAGGUUUCUUCGCCGACGAUUAUUGUGGAAAGAGCAGGUUCUUAUGCUUGGGUCCAUAAGGGCUCGAAGGUUCGAGAAGAGUUUGCUCGGACUGUUACUUCAGCUAUUGGCCUCUUUGCUUCUACAGAACUUCCUCUUCAACGUGCUAUUCUUCCUCCAAUAUUGCAAAUGCUGAAAGACUCAAAUCACGGUGUUAGAGAAGCAGCUAUACUGUGUAUUGAGGAGAUGUACAAGCAGGCCGGGAGUCAAUUUAAUGAUGAACUUCGGAGAUACCAUCUUCCUGGAUCUAUGGUGAAAGAGAUAAAUGCAAGGCUAGAGAGGAUUGAACCACAAGUUCAUUCACCAGGAGUUAAGGGUAGUUUUCCUGAUGUAGAUAUGAAGCUCAUUACCCUUAGCCCUAAAAGAAGUAGUCCAAGGGCGAGGAGCUUUAGAAAGGAGAGAUCUCUCUUUGGAUCUGGAGGUGAUAUAACCGAAAAACAAAUAGAACCGAUUAGUGUGUACUCUGAAAAGGAGCUAAUAUGGGAAAUUGAGAAGAUUAUUUCCAACCUAGUCCCAGAGAAAGAUUGGUCCGUACGAAUUGCAGCCAUGCAGAGAGUUGAAGGCCUUGUUUUGGGAGGUGCUACUGAUUAUACGUGUUUCAGGGGACUCUUAAAACAACUUACUGGCCCUCUAAGCACACAACUAUCUGACCGAAGGUCUAGCAUAGUGAAGCAGGCCUGCCAUCUAUUAUGCUUUUUAUCCAAGGAGCUCUUGGGAGACUUUGAAAGUUUUGCUGAGAUGUUCAUUCCAGUUCUUCUUAAGCUAGUUGUGGUCACUGUACUUGUGAUUGCAGAGUCCGCCGAUAAUUGCAUUAAAACGAUAUUGCACAACUGCAAUGUUGCCCGUGUCCUUCCUCAUAUAGUUGAUCGUGCAAAAACUGAUCGCAGUGCUGUACUUCGGGCAAGGUGCUGUGAAUAUGCCCUGUUGAUAUUGGAACAAUGGCAUGAUUCACCAGAAAUACAGAGAUAUGGAGAUCAGUAUGAAGAUCUUAUAAGAUGUUGUGUUGCAGAUGCAAUGAGUGAGGUUCGGUCAACAGCAAGAAUGUGCUACAGGCUGUUUUCAAAAACUUGGCCGGAGCGCUCUCAGCGCCUCUUUUCAUCCUUUGAUUCGAAUAUCCAGAGGAUAAUAAAUGAAGAGGACAGAGGCUUCCAUAGACAAUACUCUUCUUCUUCUUCAAUUUGUGAUAGAACUUCACAAAUGUCAUUUAUCCAUGCAUCACCUCAGACAAGUUCACCUGGAUAUGGUACUUCUGCUAAGGUUGCAAUCGAUAGAAGUACCAGUUUGCCCUAUGGAACAUCUCUUUCUUCCGGACUGCAUCCGUCCCAAGCAAAAUCACUUGGUAAAGGGGCUGAAGGUACCCUUGAAAGGGUGUUGCAUGCUAGCAAACAGAAGGUUACUGCCAUAGAAAAAAUGCUUAGAGGAUUGAAAGUAUCUGAUAAACAAAACUGUUUGGCUCUUCGAUCAUCGAGCUUGGAUCUAGGAGUUGAUCUUCCAUCUUCUCGUGAUCCACCAUUCCCACCUGCUGUUCCAGCUUCUAUUGAUCACCCUACCUCUCUGGACGUUGAUUCAACUAUCAAUAGAAGAGGUCAUCAUAAUGGUGGCUUGAGCAUGUCCGAUAUCAUCUCUCAAAUUCAAAUCUCCAAAGAAUCUGCCCAACUAUCGAAUUACCAUAAUGCAGCAAGUCCAACUAAGUCAGUCUCCUCAUCAUUUUCAGCAUUCUCAACCAAGAGGGGCUCUGGAAGACUGCUUGGAAGAGGCUCCACCUCUGUCAAGGGGAACAAUGGAGUCAGGGAAGCUCAACGAUUCAUGAGCCUCAGUGAUCAACAAUAUCUGGACAAAUUUAGGCAAGAAGGAAAUUUUAGUUAUCUGCAGAGCAACUAUGUUCCAAACUCCCAGGGCCCACUUUUAGGAAAGCCUGUAGCUGGACAUUUGUCUACAAGCAGGAGGAGUUAUCAUGGCCGUUCAUUAUCAUCGGGGGAGGUGUUGAGUCGUGUCGACUGUCCAGUGUCUGUCAGUGAUAAACUGAGUGAGGGACUCAACCCAAGUUCUGACUGGUCUGCCAGGGUUUCUGCUUUUAAUUAUCUACAGUCUUUGCUGCAGCAAGGAUCAAAAGGCGUUCAAGAGGUUGUUCAAUACUUUGACAAGGUGAUGAAGCUACUUUUCCAGCAUUUGGAUGAUCCACACCAUAAAGUUGCUCAGGCAGCUCUUUCUACUUUAGCAGAAAUUAUUACAUCAUGCAAGAAGCCUUAUGAGAGUUACAUGGACCGAAUGCUUCCACAUGUUUUCUGCCGCCUAAUUGACCCAAAGGAGUUAGUUAGGCAAACUUGCUCCAGAACACUUCGGAUUCUGAGCGAAACAUACACCAUAGACUCUCUUCUACCUGCUUUGCUCCGCUCGCUAGAUGAACAGCGGUCACCCAAGGCUAAAUUAGCCGUUAUUGAGUUUGCUAUUGCUUCUUUCAACAAGUAUGAGGCAAUCUUUGAAGGCUCUCAUAAUAGCGGGAUACUGAAAAUGUGGUUGGCCAAAUUGGCCCCACUGGCCAAUGAUAAAAAUACCAAACUGAAGGAAGCAGCUAUUUCUUGCAUCAUCUCUGUGUACUCGCACUAUGAUUCGAUUACGGUCUUAAACUUCAUUAUUAGUCUGUCAAUUGAAGAGCAAAGUUUCUUGAGACGAGCCCUCAAGCAGCACACUCCUCGUAUUGAAGUGGACCUGAUAAAUUAUUUGCAGAGCAAGAAAGAAAGGCAACGUCUUAGGGCCAGUUAUGAUUCAUCUGAUGCGGAUAUGUCCUCUGAAGGAGGCUAUAUUGAUCCGCCAGCAAAGAGACAACCUUAUGGAUGGUAUUCUGCCUGCUCAGCUGAAAGUGACAGUGGAAAGAAGUGGGGUUCUGGUCGAGUUUCAUCAAUUUCUACUGGAGGAGUUGGUGCAGCUUCUGAUGCAACUCAACAUAACUUGAACCAGGAUGCUAUAAAGCCCGGGAGCCGAGAUGUAAUAAGUACCGCCAGUCAGAACUUGACUUUACAGAGUGGAUGGACAGAAGAUAUGGACGAUAUGAAGUUUGAAGCCUUGUCUUUGUUGAGUUUGGAAAAUAAUGGUGUUAUUGGUACUGUCCUUGGGGCCUCUGGAAGAUUUGGUGAUGAUGAAGCUUUAGUUGAUGCUAAUCUCAGUCCUGAGCAAACUGUUGAUUCGAAAAAGAAUGUGUCAUCUGAUGGUGGACCUGAAGUUCCUCAAAUCCUUCAACUGAUAGUUGAUGGGGAUGAUGAGCCUGCCUCUUUAAUAAAGCGAACUGGACUUCAGCAAUUAAUUGAAAUAUCUGAGGUCAAUGACGUCUCUAUUUGGUUGAAGCACUUCAAUCAAGUAUUGACUACUGUGCUUGGGGUGUUGGAUGAUGCUGACCCCUCCAUUCGUGAGCUAGCACUCUCGCUGAUACUUGAAAUGAUUAAGAACCUGAAAGAAAUUAUGGAAGAGUCUGUUGAGAUAGUAAUACAGAAGCUGCUUCAAGUCACUAAGGAUAAUGUUGCCACGGUUGCAGAUGAAGCCGAACAGUGCUUGAACAAUGUGGUCUCACAGUAUGAGCCAUUGAGAUGUUUACGUGCUGUUGUUGCAUUAUUGGUCACUGAAGACAAGACAACUCUCGUUGCUUGUAUAAAUUGUUUGACCAAGCUCGUGCGACGGCUUUCGCAAGGGGAACUGAUGGCUGAGUUACCUUCAUUCUUGCCUGCUAUAUUUGAAGCAUUUGGAAACCCGAGUGCAGAUGUUCGCAAGAAUGUCGUCUUCUGUCUGGUGGAGAUUUACAUCAUGCUCGGGAAGGCAUUCCUCCCGCACUUGGAAGGCCUUAACAGCACGCAACUUCGAUUGGUGACUAUUUACGCAAAUCGAAUCUCACAGGCCCGUACAGGUACCGCCACAGAUGAUAUCCGCCCACUAUCGGAUUCUCUUUGUGGAUGAAAAGAUAAGCACAGGUUCUGGUCCCUGGGGUGAUGCACUGUCGCAUUUAUUGUCUGUUCUUGUGAAUGUAACUCCCUCUUUCACCUUAUUCCUAGCCUUCUGCUAUAUCAUCUGGUGUAUAUAUCUGAUAUGCCUGUUUCUGGUCAGCUCGUUUUGUUAGACGAGAGAGUGAUAAUAUGUAUUGCACGAGGAAGAAAUGUGAUUCGUGUGAAGAAAUCCUCGAUUUUUUGUCUACUCCAGCAUGUAUAAUCUCUUCGUGAUUUUCUCCAUGAAAAGUGAGUGAUUCCAUGAUGAUUCAUUAUUUGAAGAGCUUUUGUUUGUGUCA